AUGAAAGAAUGUGUAGCAAUUUUAACAAGAGAAGAAUUUUAUCCUAUUUUAGACGGUUAUGAACCAAGCGAACAAGCAUUUGUAGACAUUGCUAUAUCUAUCUUGCUUGAACUUAGUUUGUUUGAUUUACGAAAGAAAAUUGGUUAUAAUGACUUAGUAUUAGAAGCAUUUUUUUUGCCUCACUAA